AGACAACGAAUUGUAGCAAGCAUGGACGAGCGCAACCUGACGUCGCAGCAGAAGGAUGAGAUCAUCGCCCAAGUGCGCAUGGAAGUCCAGCAGCAGGCCAUGCAGGAGCUGACCAAGGCUCUCCAGGAGAAGUGCUUUAACAAGUGCAUUACGCGCCCGCAGGACCGCCUCGACAACAAGCAGCAGCAGUGCCUCUCGCUCUGCGUCGAGCGGUACAUUGACACGAUGAAGAUUGUGUCGGGUGCCAUCCAGCAGCGUGGCCAGCGGGGCUAAGCCGCCGAUCCUUCGGGAAGACCACACGACGAC